GUAGAACUCGUUGUCUUGUCUUGUGUACCAUGGCUGACUCUGCCUUUAAGCUCGUUUCCUCCAACCGCAUGUUUGGGGGGCUUAUGGCCCUGUACUCGCAUUACUCCAGCGUGCUCAAGUGCACGAUGGAGUUCCGGGUUUUCCACCCGCCGACCUCGACAGAGUCACCGGCGCCGGCGUCGACGCCGGUCCUGUACUAUCUCUCGGGCCUGACAUGCACGUCGGAGAACUUUGCCACCAAGGGCUACGCCCAGGCUGCGGCUGCCAAGGCCGGUCUGGCGCUUAUCUGCCCGGACACCUCGCCGCGCGGCGUCGAUCUGCCCGGUGAGGACGAGUCGUACGACUUCGGCUCGGGCGCAGGCUUUUACCUCAACGCCACGCGCGACCCAUGGUCGCAGCACUACCGCAUGUACGAUUACGUUGUCGACGAGCUGCCGGGCGUGCUCAAGGCCAACUUCCCCGAGCUGGCUGUUGGCUCUAAGGAGGCCAUCUUUGGUCAUUCCAUGGGCGGCCACGGCGCGCUUGUACUCGCGCUCUCUAACCCGGGCCGCUAUGCGUCGGCCUCGGCCUUUGCGCCCAUCUGCAACCCAAUCAACUGUCCCUGGGGCGUCAAGGCCUUUACUGGCUACCUCGGUGACGACGACAAGACCGCCUGGGAGGCAUACGACGCCUCGGUUCUCGCCCGCAGCUACGCUGGGCCCAAGAUCGACGUCCUCGUCGACCAGGGCACCGACGACCAGUUCCUCAAGGAGCACCAGCUGCUGCCGGAGACACUUGCCGCCGCUGCUGCCGCCAACGACCAGCUCGACGUCGAACUGCGCAUGCAGGACGGAUACGACCACUCGUACUACUUUAUCGCAACCUUUGUCGAGGAUCACAUUGCCUUCCACGCGAAGUACCUGCUGUAGCGUGGCACGGAGG